AUGUCGGGCUUUGGCCACAGCUUCUCUCAUUCUCCAUAUCAGCAUGGUCAACGGACACUCGGAUCUGGUUCUCUGCGCCCGACUGGAUUGCAACUGGCUGGAACAUUGCCAUAUUCACCUAACGGCCCAUCUAUGGCUUCAACUCAAGAUCUCGAAGUGACGUUCCCAUUAGAUCCGUCUCUUGGGGUGGCUGAAACUGCCUAUCGACCUCUGGCAUCGAACUCGGGCCUAAUGGGAGGACAGGUGGACUAUAUGCGCCGCUGCAUGGAGCUGGAGCAAGAAGCAAGGGUUUGUAAUGCGCAAUAUAUGGUCCUACGUGACGCAUAUAUUGCACUCAUUCAAGCUGUUCCGCAACUCCUCCAAUUCGUAACGCCCCCCCCAGGAUUACCCAUACCAACAACAGGCUUUGCCGCACCAGUCUCUGGUGUCUCUCCGACUCUCGCGCUUCCACAGCUUCUUCAAAAGGAUUACCCGAAUGUAAGAUACUGGCGGCAAACUGAAUACCAGAAGCGUGACAAGGAAGACACUACACUGCGGCAAAAAGAAGACAGCAAGAAAACUACGAUGUAUCUGGAGGACGACACUGGUACUCAAAUAAGCAAGUCCUUACGCUCACGCCUCUAUAACCAUGCAUUCGCAUUCUGGAAAGCUCUAGAAGAUUCUGGCAUCAAGGUGACAAACUUUCGAGACACAAACUUGGACAUCAUCAAACGGUUUCGCACCUCUGUUGAGGCCGACUUCUGGUUCCUUCGGCUAUGCGAGCAUCACUGGAAGGCUGACGAACUCUGGAAGCAGACGUGCUCAACAUAUCUCAAGAAGCCAGCCAGCCGUGACUCAAAGAUGGACAUCAAAACGGAACGCUUACUAACUGAGGUCGUGGCUACAGCAGCAGUCAAGGAGGACUCCCCCGAGCUCACACUCGAGUACAUGGACGAACCGAUCGAAAUCUCCGAUAACGAACUCGAGCCUCCUGCGAAACGCGCAAGUCCGAACACGGGGCCCAAGGGACCUUCUCCAAAGCGGCCGCGUCUCUCUGCCGAGACCCCGUCUGCCCCCACCCCCAGCGCAGGACGAAUGGAUGAUACUAGUAGCACUAGCAAGGGCAAGGAAAGGGCCCCACUAAAGCUCAUCAAUCCAUUGGCCCGCCUUCGCAUGUCUACGGCUACCAAGACGACAGACGAGCCCAGCAUCAUACCACCUACCAGCUCGACAACGAAAACUCCCUCCAGCAUCUCCCAACCCUCUCCCGAGCGUGUGCAUGCCCCAAUUGCAACCGAUUCCAUUGCCAUCGCAGACCUUGCAGACCUUGCUCCAGUUGCUCCCCCCGGAACAGAACCUUUGGCACCAGUUGUCGCCUCCACCUCCCGAGCGGCGGAUCAGGCAAGCAUGGCGACACGAUCUGCUCCGAAGCGCCAGCCAGCGAGUGCGCAGCUCUUCGUGCCAAACAAGACUAGCAAUACAGCGAAGUCUAUAUGUGGAAGGGAAUGGAAUGCGUCGCAUCCCAAUGGAACGAAAGGCGAAUUCGAGGGCUAUUAUAAGGCGCUAACAGAGGUAGAGCGGCAGCGAUAUCGGCUUCAAGAGAAAGAACUGAAGAAAUCCAAUAAAGAGAACAUGAACAGCGCAGCAAAAAUCAAUGUCACGGCUAUGAAAGGUUCCACAGCCGCACCUGAUGCCAACGACUCCGUCGUCAUGGCGUCAACGACCAGUGAAUAG